UGUAACUUGAACUUCACUUAAUAAAGUCAUCUUAAGAAUACAUCAAAGAACACAGCCUGAAAUUAAAGGAAAUAUUAAUUUAAAUGUACGUUUACAUUGGUCACUAAAUCCGGAUUUAUGGCCUUUUCGAGAUUUAAGUGCUAAAUCAUGUGUUUUACCAUACAAAAAUAAAUACCAUUUAAUGGCUGCAAUUAUCAAUAAAAGUACCGAAAUAUGCAACAGUUUUCAAGAAUUGUGUAUAGCUGUGUGCGAUAUGCACAUUUAUGUAUAAGCUUGUACGAUUGCGUAUGUCACUUAAAACCCCAAAAACUCAGUGUAAACGGACAGGAUUUGUUUUUGGAUUCAAUCCAGAUCAUAAAAAUUUCAAUCUAAACGUGCUGAAAUUAAUAUUUUUGACGUUUAUUGACUAUUUUUUAUACAAUCCGUUCCGUUUGAAACACAUCGAAAUAUUGAUCUGAAGCCCUACACAAUUUCCGCAUGAAAAGAAGAACAGAAUACCAAUAAUUUAAGACGGGGUGAUAUCUCCGGCACUGUUUAACCUCUACCUAUCCUCCAUUCCACACUCUCUAGACGGCAUAGAGUUCGUAUCAUAUGCGGACGAUUGUACGAUCAUAGCAGCAGGCCCCCACCCACUGUUGACAUCUGCGAUAGGUUGAACGUCUACUUCAACGAACGUGCCUCAUAUUUCGCUGCAAGAAACCUGAAGAUAUCUGCCACCAAAUCUUCAGCCACAUUGAAUACCGAGCUGACUGUGAUGGUCGAUGGAGAAAUGAUUCCGACCAUCAGGUGUCUCAAAAUACUUGGCGUCACAUUUGAGAGCUCUUUCACAUUCUCCGCACAUGCCACAGCAAUUUGUGAUAAAGUCAAAAGUAGAAACAAGGUUCUCAAGUCACCUGGCAGCACUUGGGGUGCAGACAAAGAAAGCUUGUUGACCACGUACAAGACUAUUGGCCGGUCUGUGGUAAGUUAUGCAGCGCCAGUGCGGUCCCGUCACCUUUGUGACACGCAGUGAAAUAAUAUUUAGAUCUGUCAGAAUGACGCCUUCCGAACUGCGAUGGGCUGUCUCCUCAGACCACCUCCAUAAGGAGACAAAGAUCCUACCAGGGCAAAGACAUAACUACAAGCUGUCUGAGCAAUACCUUUUGGGCUGUUGUCGCAGAGACCAACCAAAUAAUCAUCUUGUGGAUAGAUAUCCACCGCCCAGAAGUCUUAAGCUAGAUCUACAUGAUCUAGAGCGUGACGUUCAGCGCUACAAGAGAGAACCCCUAGAUCAAGCGGCAUAUCAAGCAGGUCUAGACAACAUUCAUGCGGACACGGUAGCAGAUGCGGUAAAUAGCUACCGGGUGAAUGUUGUCCUUGGAGAACGACCGCCUCCCAUUGUACCUAAAAAAAUUGACCUCCACAGACAAACCAGAGGAGUUUUGGUUCAAUUACGUUCCGGCAGAUGCAGCCGCCUCAACUUCUACAGAGCAAGGAUUGAUGCCGACUUGCAAGAUGUAUUUCCCGAUUGUAACCAAGGACCACAUGAUACACGUCACCUGUUUAUCUGUCCAGCUAGACCCACUGGACUCAGACCCAGAUCCCUGUGGACGCACCCCAUCUUAGUUGCAGAGUUUCUGGGUCUUGACACUCAACAGAAUCAAGCAGACGAAAGAUAGAACACAACAAACUGCUACAACAACAUCGGGUUCAAAUAAUUUCUUUAGCAUUCUUCAAUCAAAAAUUGACUUUGAGUUGCAGUCAUUAAUUUCCACGUUGACACUGAUUAGAUUAUUUGUAAAUAUUUAUAUUAUAUAUUUUUUUUGAGUCUGUAGCAAGGAGUAUUUAUAAGGUGGCCGCAUCGUCGAAUUGCUACAACAAAACAUCUUUUUUGCGAACCCGAUAUGUCAAAAUUUGUAAACAAGGCGAAUAAAAUUCGAUUCGCCGUGACAUUUCAAA